AUGGCUCCCUUUAAAGGCAGCAUCUCCCGGCGUGAGGUCCAGUGGGUCAGACUCAGCAGUUCCUGCACGUACAACAAGAUCUGUUAUUUCAGGCGAACCAAGUCUGUGGUCGGCCUAUCUCACCUCAUCAGCAUCAUUGGACAGUUCCUGAUCGUCUCUGCUAAAAACCGCUACGAUAAACUACAGGACCAAAAUGUACGGGGGUAUCCCGAUGCUCGGGUAGACGCCAGCAACCUACUUAGCAGCCUCACUUUUGGGAUGUGCGCCUGCACCUUUUUGAAUGUCUUUUUGUGCCUCAUCAUAAUAUGCGACUGGUUCUGGCCGGAGCGGAAAGAGAACCUUUGCAUUCAAUGGGCAUGGAAACUCGGUUCCGCUGCGGCGAGCCUGUUCCAACUGGCAGCAUGCGUAGUGAUUACUAUCAUCGUGGCGACGCAGGGGGUCCAGAUACACGGUGUGUCAGCAGAUGAACAAGAAACCAUCCGAAGCACCUGGGACUGGAUCUCUCUGGCGUACCGAAAAGAUGGCCGGACAGUAGCGGGGCUAGUGUUCUACUGGGUUGGGUGUCUGUUCCUAUUCUGGGGGUAA